AGUCUAUCGAAGGUAUGACGGCUCCAACAAAUACACAUUUUUGCCCAUGCAAGCGCAGGGUCACACUUCCCGUGAAAUCAUAUGAUCGAUUUGCAGUGAAAAUUUUCAGACGUUGGGCAGAAGGCAAAAGCACGGUUGUACGUGGACUUCUUCGAAACACUUGAAUUUCCUUUCGGUUCGGUUUGUGCAAGUGAGAAAAAUCAGUCAAGAUGGCACUGAGCGAUGCUGAUGUACAGAAACAGAUCAAACACAUGAUGGCGUUCAUUGAGCAGGAGGCCAAUGAAAAAGCCGAGGAGAUCGACGCCAAGGCCGAGGAGGAGUUCAACAUCGAGAAGGGACGCCUCGUCCAGCAGCAGCGCCUCAAGAUCAUGGAGUACUACGAGAAAAAGGAGAAGCAGGUGGAGCUGCAGAAGAAGAUCCAGUCCUCCAACAUGCUCAACCAGGCUCGCCUGAAGGUGCUGAAAGUGCGCGAGGACCAUGUGAGCAGCGUGCUGGAUGAUGCCCGCAAGCGUCUCGGCGAGGUCACCCAGAAGCAGACCGAAUACCAGACUGUGCUGACCAAGCUAAUCGUCCAGGGCCUGUUCCAGGUCAUGGAGCCCAAGGUGAUCCUGCGCUGCCGAGAGGUCGAUGUGCCCCUGGUGCGCGAUGUCCUGCCCAGUGCUGUGGAGCAGUACAAGGCCGGGAUCCAACAGAACGUUGAUCUGUUCAUCGACGAGAAAGACUUCCUAUCUGCUGAUACCUGCGGCGGUGUUGAGCUGCUGGCCCUGAACGGACGCAUCAAGGUGCCCAACACCCUGGAGUCCAGAUUAGAGCUCAUUUCGCAGCAGCUGGUGCCCGAGAUUCGUAACGCCCUGUUCGGCCGUAACGUCAAUCGUAAAUUCACCGACUAAAUUCUUUAAGUGCAAAACAAAACAUAACUAAUCAGAAAGAGAACCAGCAUCAACACCUAUCCAGCAGGAACAGUUCAAGUUAUAACAACAGAAGCUCCAACCCACUAAAUAUUGAACCCAAGUAAAAUCAUCCUUUGGCAGUCAGGCAACAGCUAGGAUUAUAUUCGAUUUCAAAAUACUUUUGCCGUUGUCUUUGUAUAGUGAAACUGAAACACUCAAGAACAUUUCGGUCCUUGUGUAUGCAGCAGUUAUAUGAUACCCACACUAAACACACAUAUAUAUACUCCGAUAUAUAUGUUUGUAUGCCAAUACUUACUAUAUAGUUUAGAGGACACGAUCCUAGGAGCAUACGAAAGCAUAAUACGAGUUUGUUAAAGUUUGUUCGUUUUUUUUACAUAUGCACAUAUUUCUGAGCAGUAGGUCCAGGAAUGUGCUUAUAUUGUAUACAUACACUUUAAAAUUUUGCAUACAUUCCUGUCCAAGAAUUUUGUUUUCAAUUUUGCCCUCUUUUUGCGUUGUUUUUUGUACAUUAAUUUCUGUCGUCUGUAGUCUUUGUUGAAGUUUAUAUGUCUACGUCGUUUAUGUUUGUAAUUAUUAAGUGCAGCGAUUAGAAGGAGCAACGGCGGUGGAUCACCCUUUUCAGUGCCGCUGGCAGCCUGUGCACGUGGCCACUCAGCAUUGUUGCCCGCCGAAACACCGAAAUGGACCCAAAAAACCAAUUUCGCUGCUUCGAGGGCAACGGACACGUGUGCAGCUGCCACUGGCCCAUCAAAAGCCCCGAAAGUCAUCAAUGUCUGUUGUUGAGUUAGCGAAAGUAACGAAUACACACUAUUAAGCACGCAACAUUUACUCUCCAUAAUUCACCGCACCCAAGACGAAGAAGUAUUGCCAAGCCGCCCAAGUAGCUAAAUUUGUUGACCCUCAAGUUCAGCUUCCACACUAUAAAACCAUAUAAUACUUAAAAGAAAAUAAAAAAAAUGGAAAUUAGAUUCGCAGUUUAGGGGGCUGCCGAACUGCCACCGAUUCCUCUCGCCGCUGCACCAUCAUUUCAGG